UGUUGGGCACAGCAGGGCCUGGAUGGAGCCCUGUCUUCUGCAACUGGUCCAGAGGCUGCUCCUGCUGGGGGCAGCUGCCCUGACUGUGUCUGCUUUGGAAACAGCCGACCUGGUGGACCUCUGCGGGCAGAUGUGGCAGGGGGACGGGCUGCUGCUGCGCUCGCACUCCGCGUCGCGCAGGUUCUACUUCGUGGACCCGGACACCGACUGCGAGCUCUGGGUGCGGGCGGCAGCCCCCAGCGACAGGAUCCGCUUCCAGUUCCGCUUCUUCCUGGUCUACACCCUGACCUCGGAGUCUCCAGCAUCUUCAGCGCCCAACGCCUCCUCCCCGGCGUCUACGGACGCGUGCGCUCCCGGCUCCUACCUGCAGUUCUACGAGGGUCCGCCGGGGGCGCCCCGGCCACUGGGGGCCCCACUCUGCGGCCUGACCAUCCCUGUGCCGGUGAUGUCCUUCGGGGAAUUCCUGGGCCUGCGCCUGGUCACCAGAGGUCGCCAGCCUCGCGUGGACUUCGUGGGCGAAGUCACCUCUUUCCGGUUGGGAUCCUGUGAUGGCUAUUUCCGCUGUCGGAACAGCAGGUGCAUUCCCCCGAGCCUGGUAUGCGAUCUCUGGGGCAUGGACAACUGUGGUGAUGGCAGUGACCAGGCUUCCUGGCCACCAGCCAACUGCAGAGGUCCUUCUCUGGUGCCCAGCCAGGUGGGGAGUACGGAGGACGAUACCUCCAAGCCCCUGACUGUUUCCUCAGCUCUUGAGUCAGCAGGCCCUCUCCAGAUUGUCUCUGAGAGCAGUUCCCCUGCUGGCCAGGGCCCUAUAGGACAGGAUGCAGCUCUGGAAGGUAAUGGCUUUUGGUUACCACCUGCUCUCCUCCCAUCGAGAUCAUACUUGUCCCUCUUUAGGUAAUGGGGAUGGGGGCGGCAGGCCCAGGCUGAGGCCUGAGCGGACUCUCCCUUUCCUUCUGCAGGUCCCCCCUGGCUACAGAGGG